AUGGGUCUGAUUAAGAAGGUAACGACAUGGUCCCAGGAUACGCAAUUGGACUAUCUCUCUGUGAACCCGACCAGGGAUGAAGUGACACACUUCAAAGUCGACCCGUUCGACGAAGCGGACGAGUCUAUCACGAAAUUGAACACAUUGAAGGACUUCACAAACAUUACGUGUCUUGACUAUUCAGAGAGCCAACCCGGUAUUGUGGGGGUCGGUGAGAAGGAUGGUUUUGUCAAAAUAGUCGAUGUCCUUGGCGGUAGAACUCAACUCGUCGUGAGACCUAAACAACGCCGAUGCAUCAACGCCGUCAGCAUCAACAACGUGGGACUCGUAGCCAUGGGGCUAGAUAAGCAUCGCCAGGACGCAUCCUUGCAGGUUUGGGAUAUCAACUAUCAAAAGCAAGGUGAGGACUUCGUAAACCUGUCCUUUGAAUACUGCGUGAAUGAGUCUCUCGUGUCGCUACAGUUCUUGAACGAUAUCAGCUUGUUAGUGGCCAGUACAAAGUUCAUUAAGGAAGUGGAUUUGAGAGUGAAAACACCUGUUUAUCAACACCCAACAAGAUUGUCAUAUGACAUCAAACUGAACCCGUUCAACGACUGGCAAUUUAGCAGUUACGGUGAUGAUGGGACUUUGGCCAUAUGGGACAGGAGAAAAUUGUCCGGAAAAGUAAACGCCGGCGAUCUGAACCUGGCACAACCUUUAUUGACAUUUGACAAGCUGGUUGGUGCCGGUGCCGCCUCAAGGAAGUACAUGAACUCAUGUUUCCGAUGGUCAUCUGUGCAGAACCGUGAAUUCGCAACUUUACACAGAGGUGACACUAUAAAAAGAUGGAGACUGGGUUCAAGCGUAGAGUCUGCCGAAAAUGGCGACCAGCUGGAAAACUUGUUUGUUUCAACAGUCCACGACAUAGCAACAACCUUCGACAGGGUGGCCACCUUUGAUUAUAUACCAAAGGGAGAUCACAAAACUAGUGUCAUUUGUAUGCGGCAGUCUGGUACAGUUUACAGAAUACCAAUGCUACAAAGUUAUUCAAAGACGGCGUUCAACCUCAGUAACUGUCUCUUAUUAUCAAACUAUGAAUCGUCAGUGAUUGACGAGAUCAAAGUUGCGGAAACUGAAAAGAUAGCAAACUUGCACAACGUUAACACUGCAUUGAAAACACUUUCGUUUGAAGAUCUCGGUAUCGGUGAGGAGUACGUCCCCUCAAUUAAGAGUCUCCCUUCAAAUGAUGGCUCUUCAGACCAUCUUUACGAGAAUGGAGGCGAAUAUGAUGAUGACUUGGAACACAGCAGUGUAGCCAAUUCGAGCGACCGUGGGUCACGUAACCUAACAGAAGAUGAGGACUACCAAAUCUAUUGGAAACCUAAGCGGCUUCUCCAAAAGGAUAUAAGUGUGAUCAUGCGUCUUAGAGCAAUGCUUGGAUAUGGGUUAGAUCCCAUGGCUACCGUCGAAUUGAUCGAUCAAUCAAAGGCCUUGCAAAACAACACAUACAUUAGAAACACGUGGCGUUGGUUGGCCAUUGCCAAGGCAUCAGUAGAAGAUGGAACCAUGGUAUCUGGUGAUUUAGAUCUAGGAUAUGAAGGAAUAAUCGGGAUCUGGAAUGGGUUAGCGGGACUCUCUAACCAAAACCGGUGCUCACAUGAUAUUAUGUUGACAGACAAACAACUGAACAAAGAGAUGGAAAAAAUACAUCAAGACCAAGAAGAAAAAAGAAAACCGGGAAUGAGUCAUAGAUCCUCAGUUUACGACUUUCCAGAUUCCCCAAAGAAUGUUCAGCGUAACCUAUGCCUCAUCAUCUCUGGUUGGGAUUUAUCAUCUACUGAUUACGAGGAGAAAUACAAUAUCAUCAUAAAAAAAUGGGCAUUACGAAAAGGCAGCAGCUUGGGCUGUCUCUUUGGCGAUAUUCCUAAAGCGGUAGAAAUACUGGGUUCUGCUAAAAAGGAGAGGUUGAGGUUAAUUGCAACAGCUAUAGCCGGUUAUGUGGCGUAUAAGGAUCGUCCAGAAAACAAUUCUUGGAGAAACCAAUGUAGGAAAAUGGCAUCUGAGCUGGAUGACCCUUAUUUGAGGGUUAUCUUUGCGUUCAUAGCUGAUAACGACUGGUGGGACAUCCUAUAUGAACCUGCUAUCUCGUUGCGGGAGCGGCUAGGUGUUGCAUUACGGUUUCUAAAUGAUGCUGACCUGACAAGAUUUCUCGACAGAACCUCUUCAACAGUUAUUGCUAAUGGUGAAUUAGAGGGGCUAAUUUUAACCGGUAUCACACCGAGCGGUAUAGACCUGUUGCAAUCCUAUGUCAACAAAACUAGCGACGUGCAAUCUGCAGCACUGAUUUCACUAUUUGGAUCACCUAGGUACUUUAAAGACGACCGUGUUGAUGAGUGGGUUUUUGCAUACCGAAAGAUGUUGAAUUCAUGGGGGCUAUUUUCAAAGAGAGCCAAAUUUGACGUAUUGAGAACCAAGUUAUCCACAACGAGCUCGGGUGAAGUAACCACGACAGUCAAACCCAGACAACUGUAUAUCCAGUGUGUCAACUGUAAAAAGAACAUAAACAAGCCGAUCAGCACUCGAAUGAACCUUGCAGGCAAUGCCUUGAACGGUCCAGCGAUGAAGAAAAUAGAUAAUCUGACAGACUCUGGGCAAGCACAAGAAGUGGAGCCUCAUAGAUAUUCAUGCCCACAUUGUGGUACAUCAUUUCCAAGGUGUGCUAUCUGCCUGAUGCCUUUAGGAACCUCCAGUUUACCUUUUGCCAUAAAUGGGAUCAGGUCUGUGGAUUACAAAGAUGUCCCUGAGAGUGCAGAUCUUGGCAACGGCAGUAGAGAAGAGCCAACUGAUACGACUUACAGGGAAGACGGCGACCAAAGAACCGACAUAAUCUCUAGAUCGUCUCAAUUAACAUUCUACAAAAAGAACCUGAGGAGAAAGCAGUUUCGGCUAAACGAGUGGUUCAGUUUCUGUCUUUCAUGCAACCAUGGUAUGCACGCUGGCCAUGCAGAAGAGUGGUUUGCCAAACACAGUGUAUGUCCUACUCAAGGAUGCGAUUGUCAGUGCACGAAAUACUAG